AUGGCCCCUUACGAAGCACUAUACGGGCAGAAAUGUAGGUCUCCAAUUGGUUGGUUUGAGCUCGGGGAAGCAGAUUUGCUAGGUCCCAAUCUAGUCCAACAAGUGAUUGAAAAGGUUAAGCUUAUUAGAGAUCGGCUACAUAUAGCACAGUGUCGACAUAAGUCUUAUGUAGAUGUUCGCCGAUGGAACUUAGAGUUUGAGGUAGAAGAUUGGGUUUUCCUGAAAGUAUCGCCUAUGAAGGGCAUUAUGCGAUUCAGAAAGAAAGGGAAGCUUAGUCCUAGGUACAUUGCACCGUAUAAGAUUAUUUGGAAGAUCGGUAUGGUGGCAUACGAGCUUGAUUUGCCUUCAGAAUUGGAAGCAGUUCAUCCUGUAUUUCAUGUUUCUAUGUUGUGGAAGUGCAUUGGAAAUAUUUGUAUCGCUGAGGAUUUAUCUUAUGCAGAGGUACCAAUAGCGAUUUUAGAUCGGCAAGUAAGAAAGCUUCGAAAUAAAGAUGUAGCUUUUAUGAAAGUGUUAUGGAGAAAUAACAACGUCGAUGAAAUGACUUGGGAAGCGGAAAAGGAAAUGAGGAAGGAGUACCCCCAACUGUUUAUGACUUAA